AUGCUCCAGCUCCAGCUACGUAUUAUAGCUGUUAAAGAACCGUCUAGUGGUAUGAUUCUUGCUUUGGGUUUCUCCAAAUCACAAUUGCAAGAGGUCCUUGGUUCAAUUACGAUCUGCUAUUCUUUUGCAUCACUACUAGCUGCUGCCCGACUUGAUGCUUUUAGUAGGAGGGAGCUGUGUGUCCAUGCCAAGCACCCAUCCUCCACGAUCGAGAUAUGUUUUCCCAAAGUGCCCCGCGUGUCCCCGAAAAAGAAACACCUGUGUACCAGCAUGCAAGAUAUGUAUUAUGUUCCAUGUGAAGCUGAGCAAAAGAAGAAUUUCCGAAACGGGGAAUUGAACCCCGGCCUCCUCGGCACUUCGCAUUAUUUGAAGAAUGCUUGA